AUGGAUACAAAUGUGCGAAAAGCCAUUACUCCAGCUGAAAAAUUGGCAGUCACUCUAAGAUAUCUUGGUUCUGGAUGUACAUUUAAGGAUUUACACUAUUCGUACAAAUUAGGAGUCUCAUCAAUAGCUAUGAUAGUUCGAGAAGUUUGUUCAGUUAUAUGGAAUGAACUUGUUGGAGUUUAUAUGCCCACUUUUACUGAACAAUACUGGAAAGAUAUUUCAACUGGUUUUGAGAAACAAGCAAAUUUUCCUCACUGCAUUGGAGCGGUAGACGGAAAACAUAUACGUAUUAUUAAACCAACUGGAACGGGUAGUCAACAUUAUAAUUAUAAAAAAUUUUUUUCUAUCGUAUUAUUAGCAGUAGUAGACUCAGAUUACAAAUUUAUAUAUGUCGAUGUUGGAUCCUUUGGAAAGGAUUCCGACUCUACCAUUUUUAAAAAUUCCACACUUUGGACUCUAUUGGCUAAUAAUUCAUUAAAUAUUCCUCAACCUUCGGUAUUGCCUAACACAGAUGGAAAUGUUCCAUAUUUGUUUGUGGGUGAUGAAGCCUUCAGUUUAUCUACAAAUGUACUACGGCCCUAUGGAGGACGAAACUUAUCACAAAAAAAAAGAAUAUUCAACUACCGUUUAUCACGUGCACGGAGGUAUGUUGAAUGUGCAUUCGGGAUUCUGUCAAAUAAAUGGAGAAUUUUUCAUAUGAAUUUUUCAUUGAAUGUCACUACGGAUUUAGCUGUAGACAUAACAAAAGCUUGUUGUGUAUUACAUAAUUACGUUCGAGAAAAAAAUGGGUACAAAUUACAAGACACGUUAACCAUUGAAGGAUUUGAUGAACCUCUAGUCACAACUAAUAACAACAAUCGUGGAGGAAGAAUGGCAAAUGAUAUAAGAAAUACUUUUGCCGAUUACUUCUAUACUGUAGGAGCUGUGGCAUGGCAAAAUGAUAAAUAA